AUGAGCGGCAGUGGUAACAGUGGUGGCACUGGAGCAAAUCGCAGAAGUUUUGGAGAGGACCAGUAUGCGACACCUUCAGCUGCAUCGCCGGAUGCUUGGGAUAUCAGAAAGAAAAAGGCAGCAGAUCUAGAACGGCUGCGACUGGAGUCUAGGUUGAAGGCGAGGUUGAAAACUGACGAGGAGUUGGGGCUAGAAAAUUCCACAGGAGCAAGAAUACACAACACGCCUAUGAUUGGGUUAUCGAAACCAGUUUCUCCACCAGCGCGAAGUCGUGGAUUAUCGCUGACAAGUGAACCAACAAAAUCACCAAGAGUGCAUCGAUCACUAACAGUUGGCGCUUACGAUAAUGAUAUUCGAGUUAUUGAAGUUGUUGAGCGUGGUCGAGAAUCGGAAUCGAGAGUUCAGGAGCAGCGAGGACGUCCAGCUCUAGCAAAACCUCGUGCUCCUGGCUUAUUGUCACGCCUGUUCAGCCCCGAUUCCAGAAGACCGGAACCACGGGUAUGUGGAAUUCUGAGUCCUUAUGAGCCUGCGACUGAUUGUUCUUCACUUACAACAUGA